AUGGCUGCUACACUUCCACUUGCAGCAAGUAGAAUCCGUGGCUUCCUAGGAGCAGUAUUGACUUGCAUUGGCUCCCCUUCUUCACCUACAGGUUCUGAGUAUGCCAUAACCUAUUCAAGAGAUGCCAACAAUAGGCCACCAAUCCGCCCCCCAGAAGCUCUACCCUAUCCGAUCCGCGCCCAGCCCCAGAAUCCUUGGUGCAGCGGCGGCAGGUCCUACCAAUCCCGUCGCACGCCCAGGCCAGAGCCACCGAUCUGCGACCAGAAGCUUCUUCCCGCUCCGAUCCACGCCCAGUUCCUCUGCUACUACGUUCUUCAAGGCACAAAAGAAACUCUUUGUAGCAGGGAGGCUGACUUUAAAGGCUCACUCUUGGUCUGUGGGGGGACAGGGGCUGGAGUUGCCGUUUCCAUUUUAGCUUGCCCCACUGAAUUGAUCAAGUGCAGGUUGCAAGCCCAGAGUGCAUUGGCAGAUUCCGGUGCGUCUGGUGUGGCCGUGAAGUAUGGUGGACCAAUGGAUGUAGCCAGUCAUGUUCUCAGAACAGAAGGGGGUGUAAGGGGUCUCUUCAAGGGGUUGUUUCCCACUAUGGCAAGUGAGGUUCUCGGAAAUGCUGCAAUGUUUGGUGUCUAUGAAGCUCUGAAGCAGUACCUAGCAGGUGGCCAAGACACUUCUGGAUUAGGAAGAGGCUCUUUGAUUGUGGCUGGAGGCAUGGCCGGAGAUUCCUUCUGGCUUUCAGUCUAUCCAACUGAUGUGAUCAAAAGUGUAAUUCAGGGAGAUGAUUACAAAAAUCCUAAGUUCUCUGGCUCCAUUGAUGCCUUUAGAAAGAUCCUGGCUUCGGAGGGAGUAAAAGGGUUGUACAGGGGCUUUGGACCUGCCAUGGCCCGAAGUGUUCCUGCAAAUGCUGCAUGCUUCUUGGCAUAUGAGGUGACAAGGUCAAGUCUGGGAUAA